AGCAGGUCUGACAGAUGAUGGCUUUCGCUUUGCCGUUCCAAGUCGCAUGCGUCAUUGUGUUUGUCUUCCCGGGUGUGUGCCGAGCGAGGUACACGUCCGCCGUGUGUCCGUCCGAGAGCAACAUUCAUCCGUGUAGAUGUACCCGGACAGCCCUGGGUAUUCGAGUGAUGUGUUCGGCCGUUACCAACAAGCACUCCCUGAGGACAAUCCUGGGCUAUCUCAGCAGUUACAAGAUGAACGCACUGGCGCUGAAGCACAUCAACUUCGCCCUGACGCCGGACCUGUUCGACGGCCUCGAAGUGAUGACGGUCAUGGUCACGGAAUCGCAGUUCCGCAUGCACAACCCGACUACGGUGUACACCAGGCGAGUCGCGAGUCGGGUCCAUGACCUGGACGUGAGGCAGUCAACGCUCGACCUGGGAAACAGCUCCUUGGCAAUAUUGCACGGACUCAAGCAGGUAGUGGUUACCAACAGUAUCAUCAAAGAUUUAAGGAGGCAAUGGUUCCACGGACUGGGCGGUCUCCACCAUUUGGUUAUUGACCGAGCCAUAUUAGGACACUUCGAAGAGGGAGCGCUGGCUGAUCUCGACCAAGUACAAAGAAUUAUUCUGAAGGACAGCAGAAUCAAGUGCCUGCGCAGGAGUUACUUCCCGGAGCUGGCAGCCAGGUUGGCCCACCUUGAUUUCAGCGACAACGAGCUGACCUCUCUGCCGGCGGACAUGUUCAACAACAUGCCUGUUCUGGAAAGUGUCACGCUGAGCCGCAACAAGUUCACGACGCUGUUGCCGGAGCCCUGGAAACCGAUGUUGGGCCAGCUGCGGCUCGUCACGCUUGACGACAACCCGAUCGACUGCAAUGGAACCAUCUCGUGGAUGCUGCAGAGCAAUGCGCGUCACAAAGUCAGCGGCACGUGUGCGACGCCCCCUAACUUGGCCGGCACGAGAAUUAGUGACCUGGACGACAGCAGGUUGAGAAGAUAACAGCAGACGAUCAAUUCGCCAGCGUGCGCAACGAUCGAGUCAAGGCACCGACUGCUUUCGAAUGCCAAAAGCAAAGAAGUCCAUUGCCAAUCAGCGGGCACUGACUGAGCUAGGCUGGCAAGUCAAGUGCCGCCUCGUACCUCAGAGAGGAAUAUUCGCGUUACAUCAGAAUUCAUCGACACAUCACGCUUCGUUCCGGGCGGACCAGCUGAAUCACCACUCGGCCGAUGGAAACCAAGUCAAGACAAAUGUGUGCCAUAGACUGCUUGGCUCGUGCUUGCUGGCAUUGCCAUAGGUCGUGUGACUGCGUGACUCCCGGUGAUGCCACCGCGCCUUCCGCGUUAGAAUGCGGAGAUUGAUAUGCGCAUGACUUCCGUGAGCAGUGAUGCGUACUCGAACGCCCGAGCACAGGAGCGGGAGUACACCAGUGCAGGUUUUCGCAACAUUCCGGUGUGCGGAUUUUUUUUUUUUCUCGUGGUGUGAUGAUAUGAAUGCGAACCUGAGGGCCGCUUAGGCACGACUCAUCAAUACGGCUCCCUCUGGCGACACUGAACGUAAAAGACAUCAGCAAACAGUGGGGUUCUAUUUCCGUCUCUUAACAAACUUAACGUAGGUAGGAAGCGGAAAAUUAGCUGCCGUAACUGUUCGCUACGAGAUGUCUAAUGUUCGCAAGGCGAGCUCACCUGACUGUGCCAUUUUGUAACUCAUGCUUGGGCACCAUAGGAAAGAAUCGCCAUGUCAUUACUGUUAGGUCUACACGUGUGUGUAUAACGAAGUAAAAAUUUAUAAUUGACAUCAACUUGGGAGAAAAUAACCGUCGCAGGAAGCAAGCGGCAGCUGUGGUUUAGUGUUCGAAUGAAGAAAUAAAAGCGGUCGUUAGUGCACCGUAGCAGCUGUUCACAGCGUCACGAGAAGAAAGAUCUGAAAGAAUGGCAAGUUGAUAGAAGACAAGGUGCUCUAGAAUGGCCACAAGGGGUUUCAUAACGCUGCGUGUGCGGUCCAUAGCUCGCGUGCGAUGCGCAUCGAACUUCACUUCGUGGAGGUCCCAUAGGUGGGUGCAGAACUUGGGUAUAAAUAGAGUCAUCGAAUUUCAAGGAGUGUACCAUUGACAUUCUUCUGUUUUUCAUUUCGCUAAUAUUUAAUUAGUUUUCUAUUUUGUGAACUUCUUUGGUGUUAGUACGAACACGGAGAUCUGAGCUGCAGUGGAUGAAGGAGUGUAAUUAAAACAGGAUCGAAGAUUUCUGUACAUCACGACUGUAGACAUUGUCGACGCUUUGUUUAAAGAAACGAAUGAUGAAAGUCGUAGUCCAUCUUUGGGCAAUGAAAGUGGUUGGGACAUCGUAGCAGCCAAAGUAGCAUGAAAUUUGUCUCUCAGUGGACAGCCGAAGUGAACAAAGAACAUAGUACAUCAUGCACACAGAACGGCUGGGCUACAUGAAACGAAGAGCAGGCUUUUUAAAGGGAGGCAUUCUAUCCAUCAAGUUUAACAGCGCACAGGUUCUGCACUAAAUAUGUGCUUGUUGUGCUAAGUGAUGUCACAGUUGGCACCGUAUGCCUGUAUAUUUUUUUAAAAAGUGUUGCUACUCUGAAACAAUCCGUGGUGCCACAGUUUUCUGGUCAUGUAAAUAUGAUGACAGUAAUAAAUGAUUUUA